AGGACUCCGCAAAAGCCCAAAAAGCCCCUUCUCUCUCUAGAAUUUUCUCUCACUUUCACCUCCAACAGAAAAUCCUCAGAUAUUUUUUCUGAUUUCCAAUCGUACCCCACCUCAAAAUCUCAAUACUCCGGCGAUUAAAGCCUUGGAUCGAUAUCUCGAUCUCGAUCUCUUCAGUUCCGGUUCCUGGCCAUUCGAGGAUUAAUAGAAAAAAAAAACACGAAGAAGAAGAGGGAUAGAAUCGGAAAAAGAAAGGAAUUCGCAUGAGCUGGUUGGGAAACCUGGGUUUUUCUUCUUUGUGUUCUCUGAAUUCUUCCAACCAUUUCAUAACGUGCCUUUUAAUUUUUAUUCUUCAUUACUCUCCUCAAUUACCUCCUUCACUGUUUAAAUUCGAGAAAAAACCCACUGAACCUUUAUUAUUGUUUAAUAGUAAUUCUAAUCAUAAUCCUCUCUUCAAUCUUAAUCCCAAUUCCAAUCCUGAUCUUAGUUCCGAAUUAUCGUUAACCCAUGGAGCCUACAGACAAGAGUAGUCGCCAAUUGCGCAGAGGUCUUUGCUACUCAAAUGGGGCGAGGAGGCAAGCAAGGUCACCAUCUGUGAUCGUGAUUGGUGCUGGAAUGGCGGGAAUUGCGGCUGCACAUGCUCUCCGUGAGGCCUCAAUUCAGGUUAUGGUGUUAGAAUCCCGGGAUAGAAUUGGUGGUCGAGUUCACACCGAUUACUCCUUUGGUUUUCCAGUUGACCUUGGUGCAUCAUGGUUGCAUGGAGUUUCCAAAGAAAAUCCUUUGGCACCAUUGAUCAGUAGGCUUGGACUCCCCCUUUACCGGACUAGUGGUGAUAACUCUGUGUUGUAUGACCAUGACUUGGAGAGCUAUGCACUCUUUGAUAUGGAUGGACGCCAAGUUCCACAGGAGUUGGUCACCAAGGUUGGAGAAGCAUUUGAGUGCAUUUUGAAAGAGACAGAUAAAGUGAGACUAGAGCACAGUGACGACAUGUCUAUAAGUCGUGCUUUCUCAAUUGUUUUUGAAAGAAGACCAGAAUUAAGGUUGGAUGGGAUUGCACAUAAGGUACUCCAGUGGUACUUAUGCCGAAUGGAAGGUUGGUUUGCUGCAGAUGCUGAUACUAUCUCACUUAAAAGCUGGGAUCAGGAAGAGCUGUUACCUGGCGGUCACGGGCUAAUGGUCAGGGGCUAUCUUCCUGUCAUUAACACUCUUGCCAAAGGUCUUGACAUCCGUUUGAGUCACAGGGUUACAAAAAUAGUGAGGCGUUACAAUGGAGUGAAGGUUACUGUGGAAGAUGGAACUACAUUUGCAGCUGAUGCUGUUAUUGUUGCUGUUCCUCUAGGGGUACUAAAAUCCAAGAUAAUCAAUUUUGAACCAAAGCUUCCAGAGUGGAAGGAAGCAGCUAUUGAUGACCUCGGAGUGGGGAUUGAGAACAAAAUAAUAUUGCACUUUGACAAGGUCUUUUGGCCAAAUGUGGAGUUUUUGGGAGUUGUUGCUGAGACAACUUAUGAUUGCAGCUACUUUCUAAACCUUCACAAGGCCACAGGUCAUUCUGUCCUCGUGUAUAUGCCUGCUGGGCAGCUGGCCAGAGACAUUGAGAAAAUGUCUGAUGAAGCUGCUGCGAAUUUUGCAUUUAUGCAACUGAGGAAGAUCCUUCCAGAGGCUUCUGCCCCGAUUCAGUAUCUUGUUUCUCGAUGGGGCACAGACAUCGAUACACUUGGCUCCUAUAGCUAUGAUGCAGUAGGCAAGGCCCAUGAUCUGUAUGAGAGGUUAAGGAUUCCAGUGGAUAACCUAUUCUUUGCAGGGGAGGCAACAAGUAUGAGCUACCCAGGGUCUAUUCACGGUGCAUUUUCAACCGGAUUGAAGGCUGCUGAGGACUGUAGGAUGCGUGUACUGGAGCGAUAUGGAGAGUUGGACUUGUUCCAGCCAGUCAUGGGCGAGGAAGCAUCAUUGUCUGUCCCGCUUUUAAUCUCCCGUAUGUAACUUUCUUGCUCCCCGUGCCUUGGUGUAUUCCCAAAGUAUGUAUUUGUAGAUAUGUUGACAUGGGAUUUGACUAGCGCAUUAUUCCCAAUUUCAUUGACGUAGCUGGGGAACUUGUGGAAACACCACUUUUUCUCUUGUGAAUAUCAAGAGCAUUGGUUGAUGUGUAUAGUCAGACACCGUGUGGCAUAGCUAGACGUAUUUGUAUCCAGACAAGGAAUAGUAUGGUAAUGUAGUCAGUCUAGUGUUGAAUGAAGAAUGUGUAGUAGAGGCGCACGGGGGUGCCUUUUGUGAGAGUGAAGUAUGUGUUCAGAAUGCAUGUUAUUAGUUGAGGUGCAUCCACUACAUCAGACAAACUGGUGACAUAAUAAGUCUGGUAAAUAAAGAAACAAUUUCUACCUA